AUGUUUGCAAGUGCGCAUGCCCAGAGAGAGCUGGAGCGCCCGCCCGCGAUGGAGUUGGCGGCGGAAGAGAAAGAGGCGGAGGCUCGUCGUCUGAGGAGCUGCUUUGUGGAGCAGCUGCAGGCACGGGCAGCUCGCGCGGAUGCUGCAGUCGAGAGAGAGCAGCUGCUAUGCCAGAGACUGCGAGCUGACUUCGAGUACAACCUGCAGCUCGUGGAGGAGAGAGAUGCAGAGCUGGCCAGGUACGAGGCUGCAGUGGCUGAACUCAGACAAGCAGUCAACUUACUAACUGCAGAGAGCAGUGAACUGAAGGUGUGUUUAGCAGAAAGAGAGGCAGAGCUAGACAGAGAAAGAAAGGAAAGGCAAGAAAUGGUGGCCUGUCUACAUGCAGAGAUAGAGGAGAGGAGACGGACCGAGAGGGAGGUGGUAGACGAAGAGAGAAGAAGAUGUGAGCAGACGAGGAGGGAACUGGAGGCAAGGCUGAGGAAGGUAGAGGGAGAAGUAGAGAGAACGAGAGUUGAGGUGACUGCUCAGUUUGAAGAAGAGGCUCACAGAACGCAGCAGCAGCACAGAACACAGGUUGAGCAGCUGGAGGGGACGGUAAUGGAGGCUCAGUCUCAGGUGAAGUGUAAAGACAGAGAGUUGGAGCGGCUGAAACAGUGUCUCCUAGCAGCUGAGGCCGACAAGAAGGGUCUAGAGGAGAGAAUUGGCGAAUUGGAGAGACAGAAAAGGGCUCGGGAGUGGGCGUGGCAGGACAGACUAGCUGCCAUGGAGACAGACACUGGGAAAAUAAGAGGAGAGUUGGAGCUGAGUUUGGAGAGAUUGACAACUUCUCAUUCUCACCUUCAGCACAAGUGCUGUGAGCUGGACCGACAGGCUAGGGAGAAAGCACAGUGUCUGCAGGUGGCCAAAGAGUGUUGGGCAGAAAGAGAGAGAGAACUGGAGCUGAGGCUACGGCAGUUGCAGGCAGAGGGAGAGAGGGAGGAGGAGGAGAGGAGAGAGCAGAUGGAACAUAAGAUUGAUGAACUAAGGGCGAAAGAUGCAGAUAUUGAAAAGGCUGCAGAGGGAUCUGGCUGGGAGGCAGGGGAAGGAGAGGGAGAAGGAGACGCUGCUGGCAGAGCUCUCAUGCCAGCUGCAUGCUCUAAAAGAAGAGAAAGAAGAGCUGCAUUCCUCGCUCACCUCUGCAAGAUCCGCUCUCAUUAAGGCUGGGCAGACAGCGAGGCACAGGGAAGAGAGAGAGGAGGUGAGGGAGAGGGAAUGGAGGGAGACAGUGAGGGAGGCAGAGAGACGGACCAGUGCCCGUUGCCAGAAAUCCCUCAGAUCUAUCUCCCAAGACAGAGACAAGGUUUGUCCGUUUUAUACUGCCACCUUGGCUACCUAGUUAAGGAAGAGCACUAAAGUGCGUACUGAUUAUCGAUGAGCUAUGUGUGUUUUAUAGUCGUGCUAGUAUAUAGGUGCUAGGGCUAGCUCACAGAGAGUCUGACAGAGUUUUGGCAAGGUUGAAAAAAAAUUUGCCCCAGCCCUCCAUCUCUAAAAAACAAUCAUUAUUACAUCAUUAUAAAAAGACACCCGUACCGGUGGGAUCGAACCGGACCUCACGAUCAACACUGCGCUUCCUUACCCAUCAUACCACACCCAAGAUUAGAGUCCCUCUUCCACUAGUUGGCUUCAGAGCUGAAAACCUUGAAGGAGGAGUUAUCACAGCAACGGAAAACAAUAGAUGGAGUUAUCAAGGAAAGGGAUGUUGCCAUAGCAACCCUAAACACUAACAACCUCUACCAACGCUAUAUUGAUGGCCUUGCAGAGGUCAGAGGGCUUGAAACUAAUUCACAUGACAUACCGUCACGUGAAAUACUGAGUCAGCAGAAUGAGCAGCUGCGUUUGGCCAUUUCCUCAAUGAGACAAGAACUGGAGCAACUUAGCGGUCGGCGUGGCUAUGUGGCUCACCUAGAGCAGGAGUUGGUAAAGGUAAAGAUGGAGAACAGAAGACUGAGAGGAGAGAGAAGGCCUCCCAGUGGCUCCCGCCAGGUCCUAGGGCUGGGAGAAGUUCUGGUGGGCCUCCAGAGAGACAAGAGAGUGGCGGAGGAGAAGGUGGAGAGACUGACAGGAUCUCUGCUGGCAGCUGAGGCCAUGUUGAAGGAGACACAGGAGCAGGUGUUCCAGCUGAGGGCCCUGCAAGUUCCUCCUGUGAAAUGCCAGCAAAAGCUUCUGCAAGCCACUCGCUCCAUUCUGAGCCUUCUGAGAGAGAGAGACUACCUCCUAGCCUCACUUAGGACACUGCAGAGCUACCAGCAGACUGACGUGAAGACUGGGAAUCAGCCAGAGACUGAUGCGAAGACUGGGAAUCAGCCAGAGACUGACGCGAAGACUGGAACCUCUCCCCAAACUCUUCCCCUGCCCCAGCCUGCUGUUGACCUCUCACUCUCCAGUCUCCAUUUCUCUGAUUCUGAAGUGGAAGGUCAGAAGUCACUGGACCAGUUGAUGGAGAAUUGUCUGUCGUCCUCUCCGCCAGCUCCUGAUCCUCAUCCUCCACAGCAGUCAACACGGACCUCAUCUUCUGCUGCUGAGGUAGCUAUGACGAUGUUUGGACAGAAUAUGAAACUCAUUCGGAGGAGGCCACGCCCCCAACAGAGAAGCCAUGGAAUUUUACCUGAUCACCUGACAUGAUAAUAUGCAUGAAAUUAUAGUUCAUAGCAUACCAGCCAUAGGUAUAUUAUAUAGAUAGAUAGAUAGAUAGCAUGUUCUGUUCAAUGUUGAGGUCUUGAACUGCCAUAUAAUUAUAUUAUAAUUUUUGAACACGCACACACAGAAGGCUUAAAAAAAUUAGUGGCAAGUGAAGUUGAUGAUAUAUACAAAAGUAAAAACUGGCAGUAGCUGCCAGGAGAGGAAGAGAUAGAAAGUCUCAUGAGACGGAACAGCAUGUAGAGCCAGGUGGUUUAAAAUUAUCCUUAGGUCUAGUGUGAGAAGAGUCCUUCCCCUCGUUGAUUUUCAGUAGCUGUCUGACGAUGGCCGUGAAGGCUUUCUCCACGUUGUGGCCUGUCUUGGCACUGACCUCUACUGGAGACAGAAACCCAUAGGCAUUCGCUACCUCCUGCACCUGUCUGAAGCUGACUAUCUUCUGGUCCUCAUCUCUACGAUCUACUAGAUCCUUCUUGUUGCCGACAAACAGGACAGGCAUCCCCGCGUCCAGCUCAUUCAGGAGGUAAUAGUUGAGCUCCUUCGCCCAGUAGUCCACAUCUGUCCACGUAUCUUCCUAUAACCAUGGCAACGACUCAGACCACACCCACUGGUGUUAGCUUACAUUGACAAUGUCAUAUACCACUAUCACUGCCUUUGUCUCUGCAUAGAACCUGUUGGUAAUACUCUGGUAUCGUUCCUGGCCUGCAAAGUGUCCCAUAUUUUGAGGUGGACUUCCUGUCCAUCUACUGUCACCACUUUAUCCUUCUCUGCUAUCAGAGUGGACAUUCUCUCGCGGAACUGGUCGUGAACAUAUCUCAUCACUAAACUCGUCUUCCCCACCGCCACUGCCCCUAUCACAAUUAUCUUGUACUCGUUCUGCUCUCGAAGAUGUUCAGUGAGAUUUGGUUCCAUCGCUGCAAGAACUACACGUCUCAAAAUACAAUGAAUUUUAUACCUGCACGCAGAUUUUUUAACAGGCUAUAGCGCUAGGCCUGCCCGAAAUUUGUUUGUU